CCCGGCUGGUACUUGUGGCGCCCCGGCCGCCGGGUCGCGCUCUGGAGGCGCCUGUCAGCGGCGAGCGCGGCCGAUCCCAGGGCGGCCCUCGGGUGGCGGUCGCUGCCUUCGGCUUCGCGGCUUGGCCCCUCCGGCGGCCGUCCCGGGCGGCGGGAUGUGCUCGGCCGGGGAGCUGCUUGGCGGCAGCGGCGGCGGCAGCGGCGGGGAGCGCGACGAGGACGGGGACGCGCUGGCGGAGCGGGCGGCGGCGGGGACCGAGCCGGAGCCCGGGGCGAGCCCGCGGCGGCGCGGGCGGCGGCCGCAGGAGGAGCACGAGCAGGAUACUGAAGAAUCACAAAACCACACUGGCGAGCCUGUUGGAGAUGACUACAAAAAGAUGGGAACACUUUUUGGUGAACUGAACAAAAGCCUCAUCAACAUGGGCUUCACAAGGAUGUAUUUUGGAGAACAAAUUGUAGAACCAGUAAUAGUCAUUUUCUUUUGGGUUAUGCUCUGGUUCCUUGGCCUACCAGCUCUUGGACUAGUUGCUAUUCUUUGCCUUGUCAUUAUUUAUGUGCAACAGUAAAAUAUGGCCAAAUGAACUACUGACAUUUGAUAGCCAUAUAUGUAAUUAGUGAAGUUACAUAUUUCACUACAUAAAGGCCGAAAAGUUUGCCUUGUUUCAGAUUGUGUGCUGUUUUGUAAUUAGAUUUAUAAGUUGAUGUUGUUUAAAAUUAAACUCAGCUCUUGAUUAUAACAGGGUUGAAUAUAUAUUUUGUAGCUUAUUCAUAACUCUUGUUUAAUUACUAUGAUCUAUGCCCACUUUUAAACACUCCUAUUCCCCUGCCAAAUCUUGAAUAACACCAAAAAGUGAGCAGGGAAAAUAGGAUAUGAAAUUCAAAUCGGGCAAGAUAGGUCUUAUAAAGAACUCUAAUAAAACAUUUUGGAAGAAAAAGGAUGAAACAAGGAGCUAAAAAUAAGUUUUAACUGGAGAAUUGCUCCCCACCUACUCCCAAUAAAUAAACCCAUUUUAUCUGGGAAAUAAUUUGAAUUUCCAUUGUCCCUGCUUAGCCCAAACCAAUGUAAAUAAUAACUUCUGUACACUACCUUAAUAUUUUGAUGAAAAUCAGUAAAGCUAGCACAUUUUCUAAAGGUUGAAAAGAAAUAUAUUUAUUAUUGCUGGGGAAACUUCCUAAGUUAAAUGUAACUUUUUUAUAAUGUAAUACUUGGGCUUGGAAUCACUUCAGUAUAUCAUUUGAAGUUUUAGACAAUUUUGGUGCUAAUUACUUUUUGUGAAAUUUUAAAGUCUCAUAAGCCAGGUCCAUAGUUGGCUGUACCCCAUGGUAAUGAAUAUUUUCUUGUAUCUAACCAGUUGUGUAUUUUUUCCUAGAGAGACAUUUUCAGUGUAUUUUUUUUCAGAGAUUUACAUUUUAUAGUUCUUUUAUAGCAAUUAUUCUAAGAUUUUAGAAAUCUAUUUCCUAUCUUGAUAUGGAUUUUCCCCCCAAACUGAUUCGUAUUAUGGCUGAAAUUCUUUACUAUUCCUUUAAAAAAAAAAUCAGCUCAUUUUCUUUGAUACCUGUAUUAGAAAGUACAGUAUUACAGUAUAAAACCAAAUGCUUAAAUUUGGAACUCAACAGCCAAUUGUAUAAUAUUCCUCUAAGGCUAAAGCCAAGACAGUAAUUGGCCAGGCAUGUUAUUAAUGUGUCUUAAUUCAGCACAUUGGGGUUUUAUAUUGAAAUAAGCGUUUCUUUAAAUAUACUUAGAAAAUGGAAAAUGGCUUACUGAUAUUUUGGAUUUUGUUAGAGAAUCUAAAAUCUUUACACUUUUGUCUGAAAGACUUUCUAUAUAGACAAAGGAUAGGUAGUUAAGAUAAUUAUCUAGAAAUUUAAGUUAAAUAGAGGAAAAAUGGAACAAUGGAGCAUUUUUACCUUUGGCAGGGCAAUAACUAAAGUGUGUAAUGUGUUUACUGUUCUACUUUAUAAAGUUUUUACCCAAUCCUGUUUUUUAAAAUUUAUUCUAUAAGUUCUAAGUGUCUUCCAUUCUGAAGCAGAAAAUGAUGAAAAUGUUCAAUUUAUAUUUCUAAAAUUAGAUCAUCCAGAAUAACAAUACCAGUGGGAGGGCACUAAAAAGUAUUGUGCAUUUGUAUAAAUACAGACCUUUUAAAGUCUGAGUUAAAAAAAAAGACUUUGUACUAUAUCAUUGUGUUUUUAUUGGGUUUGUGAUAUUUUUAUAGUAACCUUUAUGAACCUGGCAUAAGUGCAAGUUAUUUGAAAAGGUAUCUUUAUUUGUGUCCAGUAGAAUUGUGAAGUUUUUAAUAGAAGUCAUGAGAUUUUGUAUAUCUACAUUCAAUAUUAAAAAGUGUAUUCUUUUCUAAUACUACUAGGAAUUUUAAUUUCCUUUUGGAAUGUACAAAAGAUAUAGUAUGCAUAAUAACAGCUCUGGUUCCACCAGUGCCUAGUAUUGAAAAUAUUUUAAAAGUAAGUUUUAAUGUAAUUACUUAGUAUACUAUCAAAUACUAUGCAUCUGCACACUGCUGUUAAUAGAGUAUAUAUUAAAUUCUAUAAAGAAAUGA